AUGUAUCUAAGAAGAAGCAUCCCCUUCAUUUGCCUAUUGCUCUGUGGAAUUUCCUGUGACCCCUCAGAGAACAAAAUACUCUGCUGGAACAAUGUAGGUUCAGUGGCUCAUAUUGCAGAAGAUGGGGGCCCUGAAGUUUUACCUUCAGACCCAUACCAAAUAGUAUGUAAGGAGACAAAUUCCUAUUGCUUUGUACUAUGGACGAAGGACCCUAUGAAUGACACCAUUGAAAUUAUGAGCCAAGGAUGUUGGGAACAAUCCGGCAAACCGAACGAAUGCGAAAGAUCAGAGUGCAUCGCCGACAAAAAGCCCCCCAAGGCUCAAAACCAGACGAAAUUCUGCUGCUGCAACGAGUCCCACUGCAACCUCAACUUCUCCGACAGGUACAUCCCCAUGGAGCCGACCCCCGCGCAAGACCCCCCCGUCGAAACAGAGCCCGUCGGCCCCUUCGUCUACGUGUCCGUGGGGGUGGUUUUUCUGAUCUUCGUGGUGACUGUGGCCAUGGUGUUGUAUUGGUGUUGGCGGAUGAAGCCGAAGAAGGGCGACGUGGAGAGCUGCCAACAGACUGUGUCGCCUCCAGCGGAUUAUAGCCUGGAGAAGCUCAAGAUGAUCGAGGUCAUAGGUCAGGGCAGAUACGGCAGCGUGUGGCGCGGCACGGUGGAAGACAGGGAAGUAGCCGUCAAGGUGUUCCCCGCCCACCACCGGAACGUGUUCCUGAACGAGCGCGAGGCGUACGAGGUGGCCGGGGAGCACCGGGGGCUGCUCGAGUGCUUCGGUGGGGGCGAGCUGGUGACGCCGACCGGCGCCGUCGACUACGUGCUGCUGCUGGGGCUCGAACAGAGAAGUCUUCAGGACCACCUGAAGCAGCACACCGUCGACCUGCCGACAUUGGCCAAGAUGAGCCUCGGCGUCGCUCGAGGUCUGGCCCACCUGCACUCGGACGUGGAAAGGCCGUGCGUGGCGCAUCGCGAUCUCAACACGCGCAACGUGCUCGUCAGGGCCGAUCUGUCUUGUUGCGUGUGCGACCUUGGGCUGGCAGUGGUGCCGAGACGGUCGGAGAACAAGGCUAUCAGCGAGGCAGGCACUUUGCGUUAUAUGGCCCCCGAAGUCUUAGAAGGCGCUGUCAACCUACGCGAUUGCGAAAGCGCCCUCAAGCAAAUCGACAUUUACGCCCUCGGCCUAGUUCUGUGGGAACUUGGCUCUAGGUGUACCGACGUACAGAACGCCGAACCUAGCCCUUAUGCCCCCCCAUUUUCCAAGGAAGCUGGAGAAAAUCCUUCACUUGAACAAAUGCAGACGUUGGUCAGCAGGAAAAAAGCCAGGCCGCUCUGGCCUGUUUCUUGGAAAGAUACAGCAGCAGCCAGAUUGUUGUGUGAAACAGCUGAAGAUUGCUGGGAUCAGGAUGCUGAGGCCAGAUUGACUGCCCUAUGUGUGGCAGAGAGACUGACAGAGCUGCCCUCGCUCAAAGGGCGUGUUCUGCACCCCCAUCGCCCUCCUGCUAGUCCCACCCUCAUAAACAAUAACCACUUGCACGAUGUGCAGUUCGACGCCUCUGUCAAUACAAUAGAGACGCUUUUAUCGCCUUCUGAGGAAAAUUGCAAGAAUUCUAACCAGCUCGCCGCCUGUGUGGUUCCCUUGCAACCCCACCAAGGCAGGAACCCCUGCAUGGAGAGGAACCUCCUCUCAGGUUCCAGCGACAGUCUGCUGAUCGACAAAUCCUCGAAACAUUGCGGCGGCUCAGAAUCUCAGAACCUGAUCCCGAACGAUUUCCUGAACUUCCAGGUGAACCACAGAGCCACGCCUAUACCGUAUCUACAGAACGCUGUACACGGGAUCCCCAAACAACAAAACACAAAGGCUGUAACUCCUUCAAAAUCCAAAUUCAGGUGGAGUGGCCUAAAAAAUUUCCUCAACAGUAAACGACACUCUGGAGACUCCUCUAACAAGAACACCAGAGUCAAGCUUGACACAAAGGUGGUGAACGGCUCGGGCCAGACGGGCGUCACGACGUCGCUGCUGCGUCGCGACGCCGCGCCCGUCGAGCCGGCGCGACCGUCGACGCUGCCCUUGGAGACGACGCACGCCAGCGGGGUUGCCCAGAUCGCGCGAAAGCAGAACAGCUUGUCCAGGCAAAAGUCGCUCGAGCAAUUCAACGAGGUGUUCUCGUCCACGGGCGACCUAUCUCGCCUGAAGCCGCCCGCGCAUCGCGUCAAAACGCCCGGCGACGUGCCGGCUUCGGUGAGGCGCACGCGCGGCAAGGCGGCCGCCGAUUCGGCGCGCUUCUCGCUCUACGACGAUCGCAUGAUGGGCGGCGGCAGGGGGCGGGGCGAGUGGGGCAGCGCGCCCGACCUGGAGCCGCCCCCUGCGGCUGCGGGGCGGACAAGCGAGGAGCAGGACGGAGACAGCGUCAGCAGUUUCUAGGUUGGUCGGAGUGGUGUUUGUUCAUUGUCGUUGUCAAUCAGGGGUGCUCAGUCUGGGAUCUACCACAAACUAG